AUGCAGUUCUCUCAACUUUUUCUCAUCGCGGCAACCGUCUUCACCGCCGCCGUGCAAGCGAAAUGCACCGCUCCCGUUAAUGGGUCAUGUUCAUUACCUGCUGAGCCUUUGAUUAGCGUUAUAACUUGCUCAGUAAAUAACAAGGUCACGAAAUGUUGCAACAAAUCGUGCAAGGAGAACAUAUAA